AUGCGCAAUAUUGGUUACAACAGAACCGGCAGUUUCAAAUGUCACGAGCCGUCACUGGUUGGUCCUAGUCCAAAAAAGAAAGAUACUAAUUUCAGACUGUCUCUUAGUGUUGAAGAAAAACUACAGAUAACGCUAAGGUAUCUUGUCACUGGUGCCGCUUUUCGAGUUCUAGCAUUUCACUUCAUGCGAGGAGAGACGACGAUGGGAAAGGUUAUAGAAGAGACAACAGAAACAAUUUGGAAAUGUCUUAACAAACAGUACUUGACUUUACCUUCAGAGCAUAAUAUCUGGAUUGUAAUUGCUCAACGAUAUGAGGAACUAUGGAACAUGCCUAAUUGUAUUGGUAGCAUUGACGGCAAGCAUGUUCGAAUCAAAGCUCCCGCAAAAUCUGGAUCUGUAUUCUAUCAUUCUAUAGUACUAAUGGCAAUUGCUAAUGCUUGA